UUAUCUUCAUGUUCCGUGUCAAACACCAUGAAUUUUGAUAUCCAUAUUGCUCAAACUUGUAUAGCAGUCUCUCCAGAUUGUGACCAUUUCUGUCCGAAUGCCACUUCCGGUCAAAUGCAUGAAACUACACAAAAAUCUGAAUCCUCGAAAAAGUUUCAAGAUAUUUGUGGAUGGCGCCAUAAAAUUAAGAGAUUAGUUUUUUACAUAGCCUGGAAUGUUACCCGGACCUAGAUCCCCAUGCCACCAUAAAUCAUCGCUGCUUCCGCAAGGCAGUGAUUUCAUAAGAUCGAUUACAAUUGAUAAAUUUAGUGAUGGAGCACUGUAAAACAUAGAUACGGCGCUAAGUGUACUGCUUUUACUGAACCCCGUUCAAGUUUUAGUAUUCUUGCAACCUUUCCACUGAAUGGUUUGUUCUAAUUUCAAAAUCAUGUUACCAACUGCAUUUUUAGUUGGUUUGCUACUAAUAAGCACUUUUGCAACCGAAAAGAGUGCCCGCAUUUUCGGCGGUGCCCAGGUUCAACCCGGUGAACUUCCGUUCAACGCACUCAUCGAGCUCACCAAGCAGGACAACUCGGUCCGAACCUCGUGCGGUUCCGUGCUGUCCAUGCAGUGGAUCCUGACCAGUUCCAGUUCCGUCCAGCAGGAUUCGACCCGUCCCGGGGCGUUUACGGUGCACGCCGGAAAGUACGACCUGUUACAGCGGGAAGGCAGCGAACAGUCCCGGUCUGUGCAGCGGGUGCUUUGCCACCCGGAGUUUGACGGUUCGGUUGAGGGUCAUAACGAUAUCGCGCUGCUCUUGCUGGCACAGUCGUUGAGCUUUAACGACUACGUUCAACCUGUUGCGCUGGAGACUAACGGGUUGGUCUACCCGACUGGAGUGGCCACGGUCUCUGGGUAUGGUUCGAUCCGGGCCGAUGGGAGUAAGGCUAGUUAUUUGACGAGAUGGUCAGUUACUAUUAUGGCGCCGGAGGUUUGCAUCGCUACUCUUGCCUCUUCCAACUUGUCCUUGUUCUGCACGGAUCCGGCCACCUGUGAAGGAGAUUGGGGAGCACCCCUGGUGCAGCGUCGUGGCGACCAGUGGGUCCAAAUUGGCCUGAUGUCUUCCGGAACGCAGUGUGUCUUCUUUGGUCCACCGACGUAUUACACCCACGUGGCCAGGUUCUUCAGCUGGAUCAACGAAACGAUUUCGAUUCCCGUUGCGGAUGAACCUGACGGAGCGGUGCGACCAGUGAGCGGGGUGCUACUGAUUGGGGCCCUCUUCACGGCGACGCUUUACUAUCUUACUCACAAACAAUACAUCACGCAGUAGGCUUUGACAUGUGUAAACAAUGCGUCACUUUGAUCAAAUGUGUAAUCGGUCUUUCACUAUCUAUCACUGCCAAACCGUUUCCAAACCAUCAAUCUAAUUUGCAUCUUUCCCACUGACCUGUCUUUGAGUGCUCGUGCCCCUCCGAAUUCCUGAAGUCCUAUUCAAAUUUUAUAAUAAUUUGCAUACAAGCGAUGUGUGCGCUUCUCGCUUGGCCGGGGGCACCCGAAAAAAAUCCCACCAAUCCGAACUAGCUCUCGCUUGCUCACUCACUCACCCACUCACGGUGCGCGCUCAUCGCGAACCUCUCGUCGACUCACACACCCAUCUCGUCAUGCUGCUAUCUCACUCUGGCUGCCGGGAUCAAGCACGAGGUGUGAAGCAACACACACCAUGCGCUUGCCUGGGGAUGACUGCU